AUGCCGACGCCCUUCUCUCCGCGACGACGCGAGAAUGAAAUUUUCUUCAACCACGAGCGCGCUCUUCGCCGCGCCGUCGCGACGCAACGAACGGUGACGCAAGCGAUGCAGCGCGCCGAGGUGAAUGCGUGGACGCAUCAGUCGCGAGACGAUCCUCAUCGCGCGAGCGACGACAGCGCGGACGCGAUCGAGCUCCGGGCGCUCCAUCGCGUGAACGAUAAUUUAUCCAACGUCGUGAACGCGCUGCGACAGCUCACGACGGCGCUCAGGUCGAACGAUGAGCUCGAUCGAAGACGCGCGGAAUCGUUGAGUGAACACUUGGAGCGCGCGCGAAGAGACGGCGUGCGAGCGUGCGCGAGGGCGUUGGAGAGCGCGACGUCGGAGCGAAACGCGGUGCGGGAGUGCAUGGAGUUUUUGGAGGUACCGGGGGAUCGAGAGAUGAUUCAACGCGAGGAAGAGGCGAGGGAGCGUUCAAUGUCAGAGGAGUACGACGCGGCGACGAGGACGUCGUCGCCGGCGUCCUUCUUACACGCCGAGCCGAAGUUUGUCGAUGAUGAGGACGUGGAUGCGAUGAGUGAGGAGGAGGCGACGAAGAUGUUUGCGCAGUACAACGCGUUUUCAGCGCCGAUGACGCCACAGAAUCUGGCGCGCAGGGGAGGCGUGAGCGACGUGUACGUGAGCGAAGUGAAAUCGAGCCGUGGGGUGACGCUUCGUGAUUCUCCGGGCGGGAUGAGCGAAGACAGCGCGUACGGCUCGCCAAACGCCGACACUAAGGGUGACAAGACGCCGAUGAAUUCGCGAGGGAAGCGUGCGUCGUCGGGUAAUGGAGGGAUCUGGGCGGGUGUCGCCUUGGGGGCGCUCGCAGUUGGUGCCGCGAUGCGGUUCGCGGCAACGCCGCAGGCCGCCGCGCUCCAAGCCGUCGCCACCAUGGUCGCAACGCACGCGAAGAGAGGGGUUGUCGGUGCGGCGACAGUGGCGAAGUCGGCGUCGAGCCACGCGCACGCGCGCGUGACAGAGAUGCGAGCGCAGUCAAAGCGACAGGCAGCGAAAUCCGGCGGCCUGGAGGCGCCGUACCAAUCCGUGAAGCGUUCCUUCGCCGAGACGCCCGCGGUGAAGCGGCGGUGGAAACCGGCGAUCUCUCAGGCUCAGGGAUGA